ACCAGAACCAUUCUGCACCUCAUACACACUCUGCACCAUUGGAAAAUACACAGGGCAAAAGAGAUAUGGCGAGCAUUGCCGCUCAGCUGGCCCGGAGGAAUGCCCAGGCGGAGGGACUGGGAAAAAAAGGAAAUGCAAUCCCUUUCAACAAGCAGGAUUUCCAAACCCUGCAGUUCAGUUGCCUGCAGAAUAAAACUCUGUUCUGCGAUGACACCUUCCCUGCUGAGCCGGCCUCCCUGGGGUACAAUGAACUGGGCCGCUACUCUACCAAGACGCGAGGGGUGGAGUGGAAGAGACCCACGGAAUUAUGUUCAAAUCCUCAAUUCAUCAUUGAUGGAGCCACCAGGACAGACAUCUGUCAAGGAGCUUUGGGUGAUUGCUGGUUGUUGGCUGCCAUCGCUUCCCUAACCCUGAACAAAGACAUCCUAGCACGUGUCAUUCCCCCAGGGCAGAGCUUUCAGGAGAGCUAUGCAGGGAUCUUCCACUUCCAGUUGUGGCAAUAUGGCGAGUGGGUGGAUGUGGUGAUUGAUGACCGGCUGCCCACCAGAAACGGAGAGCUGUUGUUUCUGCACUCAGCGGAGGGCUCCGAAUUCUGGAGCGCCCUGCUGGAGAAAGCCUACGCCAAAGUGAACGGGUGCUACGAGGCUUUGUCCGGGGGGUCCGCUACUGAGGGUUUUGAAGACUUCACCGGUGGAAUCUCUGAGAUGUACGAGCUCAGAAAAGCUCCACCCUACCUGUUCAAAAUUAUCCAGAAAGCCCUAGGACUUGGAUCUCUCCUCGGUUGUUCCAUUGAUAUCACCAGCUCAUAUGAGACUGAGGCUGUCACCAGUCAGAAACUUGUUAAAGGACAUGCUUACUCCAUCACUGGGGCUGAAGAGGUGCAUGUUCACGGCAGGGUGGUACAGCUAGUGCGAAUCAGGAACCCGUGGGGUCAGGUGGAGUGGACAGGGCCCUGGAGUGAUAACUCUUCGGAAUGGAACAGCGUUCGCCCCGAGGAGAAAGAAAAGCUGGACUUCUGUGCAGAGGAUGGAGAAUUUUGGAUGGCCUACUCAGACUUCGUCAAGCAGUACUCCAGGCUGGAAAUCUGUAACCUGACCCCGGAUACACUGAACAGCGACUCAGUGGCGCGGUGGAACUACUGCCAGUUUGAGGGAAUAUGGAUGGUUGGCUCCACUGCGGGGGGUUGCAGGAAUAAUCAAGCCACAUUUUGCUCAAACCCCCAAUUUGCGAUCAUAUUGGAACACGUGGAUGAUGAUCCCCAUGAUGGGGAGGAUGGGUGCACAUUCCUUGUGGGCCUCAUGCAGAAGGAUGGGCGUAAGGAGAGGAAAUUUGGACGAGACCUCAACACCAUUGGCUUUGCAAUCUACAAGAUCCCUGAUGAGUACAAGGGGCGCACCAAUGUCCUCCUGGGCCCAGAUGUGCUCUUGAGGCAGCGUGCCGUGGCCAUGAGCAAUACCUUCAUCAACCUGCGUGAGGUCUGCAACCGUUUUAAGCUUCCACCUGGAGAGUAUGUCAUUGUGCCGUCCACGUUUGAGCCUCACAAGAAGGGGAACUUUGUCCUGAGAGUCUUCUCUGAGAAACAGGCCACCACCAGCCAUAUGGAUGAAGAUAUCAAAACAGAUAUAAAAGAGCAUGAUAUUGCAGAAAAUGAUGUGGAUCCUCAUUUCAGACACCUAUUCAUGAAGAUUUCUGGAGAUGAUUCUGAGGUGUCUCCAUUCGAACUUGUGCAAAUUCUCAACAGAGUUGUGUCUAACAGAGCUGAUAUCAAAACAGAUGGUUUUAACUUGGAUACCUGCCGUCACAUCGUCAGCCUUUUUGAUAAAGAUGGAAACGGCAAACUGGGCCUGAUUGAGUUCCACGUUCUGUGGCUGAAGUUGCAGAAAUAUCUGGAAAUCUUCAAGAAAUUUGACACGGACAAUUCUGGUACCAUAAGCUCCCAUGAAAUAAGAGGUGCUCUAAAUGCUGGAGGAUUCCAGGUCAACAACACUGUUCUGCAGGUCAUAGUGUCCCGCUAUGCUGAUGCUGAAUACGGCAUUGACUUUGACUGCUUCGUAGACUGUAUGAUUCGACUGGAGAUGCUGUACAAUAUGUUUAAGACCAUUGAUAAAAAGGAUACUGGGAAGAUUGAGCUGGACCUGUCACAGUGGCUGUGCCUGGCUCUUCAUUAAGACUCUGAAAGGUCAUAACCAGCAUGGAUGCAAAACCUACCAUUUCAAAUCAUUUCUAGUAGCUAAGAAGCCUUAUAUGAUAAAUUGUGUUGAGUGAAUCUGCUAUAGAUUGUAUGGCAAUAAUAAUUACUAAUGUAUUCAUAUAUUUUAUGGAUCAAAUGCAGAAAGAGCUUAUUUAUUCUCAUCCAUAAGUAAAUCCCUGCUAAAAUGCUUUUGCACUUUUUCAGGCAGGUCUGAUUUAUGCAAUGUAUCUAUAGUGUUCACUGAAUUUCAAGAAAACAAUAAUUAUUUUUGUCAGUUUUGCAAAAAUCAUCAGCCUUCAUCCUGAUUAGAUCCGUCUGGACAAAGCUGAACUGAAUCCAAAUAAACAGCCUGUCUUUACGAUUGCAUAUUGACUAAUGACCAAAGAGGUAAAAUCAUGCAAUAAAUUUGCGGUGUAUUUCUUCCACUUCACUCCUUUCAUUUCUCAAAU